GACCACAGGAGAGGCUCAUCCUUUCUGCACCGGGAGAGGUCAGGGAGCUCAGCUAUGCCCAGGCCAGUGCCAGAAGCCAGCCCGGUAAGCCUGAGGGAUUCAGACAGCUCAGAAGAGGAAAUGGAAGGCACCCUCUCUGGCCGCAGGCCGGGAUUCAGGAACCACGGGGGCACUGAGCCCCCCAACUGCCCGAGUGACUCUGAGGAUACGCACGUCAAAAAGCGAAGCCGACCGGUGCGCUCCAAGGCCAGGCGGAUAGCGGCCAACGUGAGAGAGCGCAAGAGGAUCAUGGACUACAACGAAGCCUUCAAUGCCUUGAGACUGGCCCUCAAGCACGACCUCAGCGGCAAGAGACUCUCCAAAAUCGCCACCUUGCGGAGAGCCAUCCAUCGGAUCGCAUCCCUGUCCAGGUUCCUGCAUGCCGGUCCCGGCCAGAGGUGGCCCUGCUCCCACCGGGAAUGUCACAGCCAGGCGGACGGAGCCCAGGGGGAGGAGGAGGAGGAGGAAGAAGCUGCUGGAGGGGACAGCCACCCCCGGCCCUUAAGGCCCCCUCUGGAGCCCAGCUAUGGAGAGGCUGCUCUCCCCUUCCAGCCUUACUCUCCCUCUCCCCGCUUCUUUAAGUUUUCCCCUGACUCUCAGUUUCCCUCCCCAUUGGGGAGCCCAAGAAAGGUCAGUAUUCCACCGAGCACUGCCUAUUACCCCAGUGGAAACUGUCACCUCGGGGUCCGGACCUCCUGCCAUCAGAAGCGACUGGAGGACUUGCGGGAUUCCUCUCCCAGAUCUUUUACCUGGCCGGGCGGCUGUUUCCCAGGAGCGGGCUACCAGCAGUCUUUGCCCAUGCACUGA